UUCAAUGAAGGAAGUUCUCACUCGGACCACCAAAUCAAUAUAACUUCACGAAAGCCAGAUCCUUUUCCAUGAUGCGCUGCGUAUCAAUCACAUCUCGACCAUUCUUCGAAGCAGCCUACAGACUCGGCAAAAAGCGAGAAUCCGGUACCGAAGGUCGCAGGUGGAGAACAGACUCGGACAAUGUCGGAGACAGCUCCGAAUGUUACCGUGAGUCCAAAGGUGGACGACACGCGGCUCAUGAAGGCAGUGGAAUGGCACGGCAAAAAGGAUGUGCGGGUGAACUCCAAAAGGCCCAUGCCGCUGGUCACGGACCCGCGCGACGUGGUGCUGCAGGUCACGAGUAGCGCCAUUUGUGGGUCGGAUUUGCACUUGUACCUGGGGAACAUGCUGGGCAUGGUGCCAGGUGAUAUUCUGGGCCACGAAUUCAUGGGCGUGGUUCACGAAGUCGGUCCUGAUGUGAAGAGCGUGAAGAAGGGUGACAGGGUCGUCGUGUGCUUCGACAUCGGAUGUGGCGAGUGUUACUUCUGCUCCAAGCUGCAAGCCUUCUCGUGCUGUGGCAACACCAACCCUAGCCAGGAGGAGAAGGCCAUGUACGGCGAUCGUACCGCAGGUUUCUUCGGCUACUCUCACCUCACCGGAGGCUAUCCUGGUGGCCAAGCGGAGUAUGUGCGAGUACCUUUUGCUGAUGUGAAUACUCUCAAGGUGCCGGAAAAUUUGUCGGACGAGAAAGUGGUUCUGCUGUCGGACAUUCUGCCCACGGCAUGGCAUGCCAAUGAGCUGGGAGAGGUCGGGCAAGGGGACGUGGUGGCCAUAUGGGGGGCUGGUCCUGUGGGCAUUCUCGCAGCUCACUGCGCGCAAGCUCGCGGAGCGAAGGAAGUUUUUCUCAUCGAUGCCGUUCAGUAUCGACUCGACUUUGCCAAGCAAAAACUGCCUGGACUUCGUACGAUCAAUUUCAAGCAGGAGAAAGUAUAUGAAGCUCUGCGCAAAGUCGCAUCGCACGGAAUCGAUGUCGGCAUUGAUGCCGUCGGAAUGCACUACGCGGAUUCGGUGCUUCACAAAUUGCAGAUGAUGACGAUGUUGGAAACCGAUACCCCGGAGAUCGUCAACGACAUUGUCUACAAUGUUCGCAAGGGCGGCCGUGUGUCGAUUGUCGGCGCUUAUGCAGGAUACACUAAUCACUUCAACCUGGGUGCUUUUAUGGAGAAGAGCCUGACGAUGCGUGGCGGCCAGACGCCUGUCCAGAAAUACUGGAAGCAUCUUCUCGAACUAGUUCAGAAAUCUCAGUUGAACCCAUCGCUCGUCAUCACCCACCAACAACCGCUUGAAAAAGCUCCUGAAUUGUACAAGACUUUCAACGACAAAGUCGACAAUUGUAUCAAGGUCGUCAUGCAUCCUGGCUUAGCUUAAAGUGGACCGCGCAAAUUCGUCCAUUCUUCCAGGUCCAUCAGCAUCGACAUUGGUAGCUAGCAGCAGCAGCAGCAGCAGGCACGGAUUUAAACACAUUUGGCCAAUUCAAUGAACGCACCGACUCUUCGGCAUUAACUUUCAUUACUUUGACUGAUCCAUUUCCAGCAGCAGGCACGGAGUGUACAUAGUACGUCGCAUGUGAACGAGUAUGACUCGGACGGUAGGAAAUUUUACGAGACAUGUGAGACCUGUAAAUGGAGACGACCAUUUUCACAUCAAUUGACUGUAAAUGGUAGAGUUUGUUGCCGGCAUGCUUGGUAAAGAGAGAUUUGCUUUCUCAAGUAAAAGUCCAAUUAAAGGGCGACGUUUG